GAAUGGAGGGGGCGGUCACGAGGAACCGGUGACGUGAGCGCUUGCGGAAGCGGAGCGUGGAAUGUUGGUACAUUGUUGUUGUUUUGGAGUUAAUUUAGUACGAGGAUACGCCGCUGCCCGUCUGCUGGACGCGCUCUACGCCAGCCGUGUCAAGUUACUUCGUCUCCGCUGUCGGAAACCUACUCUGCCGCUUUUACGCAUUCCGGUCCAGAGAUACCCGCGUCCACAGAGUGUGUCUUCUGUGAGAUUCUGGCCAGUUGUCUGCAUGCAGGGAAUGACGACUCAUUUCAAGACGAGCAAAGCUUUAAAGGUCAAGAAGGAGGUGGGCGAGAAUGCCCCAGCGCUCAGCGACGAUGAGCUGGUGGCCAUGUCCGUGCGGGAGCUCAACCAGCACCUGCGUGGGCUGACCAAGGAAGACGUCGUGCGGUUGAAGCAGCGGCGACGGACCCUGAAAAACCGGGGCUACGCCGCCAGCUGCCGCAUCAAGCGCGUCACCCAGAAGGAGGAGCUGGAGCGACAAAAGACAGAGCUGCAGCAAGAGGUGGACAAGCUGGCCCGCGAGAACGCCAGCAUGAGAUUGGAGCUGGAUGCCCUGCGAGCCAAGUAUGAGGCACUGCAGUGUUUUGCCCGGACUGUGACUCGCGGGCCCCUGUCGCCGGGCAAGGUGGCCACCACCAGCGUCAUCACCAUCGUCAAGUCCGCCAACCACAACAACUCCAGCCCGACCCCCUUCUCGGCUCCCUCCUAGUGUCGACAGGACUGGGCUCUCCUUCUCCUGCCUGGUCCUUCCCGGUUCUGACCCUGCCUGAACCCGCUCAUCCUGCACUGAGAGGAUGCUCAGUAGUAAGACUGAGGGAUGGAAUGGGUUGGCAAGCUCUAUGUGAUGUUGUGUUGAAUUCAAAACUCUGUCUCCCUCCUUCUGUCUGUUACACAAUCUACAUUGUCUGUGCACUGUGCAAAUCCCCCUCCCCGACCCCCAGCACCGGCAGGGUAAUGGGCCUCUGUGACCCUACCUCCCUGACAGAUAACAGAGAUUUGCUUUUACUCCAGUGUGGAAAAGUGUUUGACAUGCCUUAACGUGGCAGCACUGGCUUAAGACAGCUCUGAUACUUACUGCUAUUAAGCAUAAUACAUGAGAGAUUUAAGUAGUGCACAUGUGAUGGUAAAGGAAAGCCUCUGCCAAAUCAUAUUUUCUUCAUGUAAAGGGCCUCCAGUUAAAUUGAGCCUUUUGAAGCUGUUGCCUUAGAAAGGAUCUAUGAUUGAUCUAAACUAUUAUCUCACGUGGAGUUUAUCGUUCCAGCUUUUGAGGUCAGGUGGACACCUCUUCAUCGCCACAGAACCACAUGCCUUUAAGAGCCAGCCAAACACAGCAGCAGAUGUUUUUCACUGAUAUGUUCCUCUCCACUUUUGGAAGGUGCUAAGCAGUAAAAUCACCUGUUGUAGAGUUUGGUUGGAGUUGGAAACCUGCAUAUGGUUUUCCAUGGUCUGUUUGGGGAGCUUUGCAUUAUGAAUCUGAUAACUGACCAAUUUUUAGCCAAAGGGCUCUAGUAGGGAUACAGCAUUGUUAAAUUUCUGUCUUGGUUAUGCAGAGAUUUGCUCGGUGGCCGGUCAUGUCAAGUAGUUGAUUUAGUAUUUAGAAGCUAAUGCAAGAAAAUAGUCAGUAGUCUCCAGGACAGGCGGACAUACUUACGGUGACUGCAAACUAACUCUGCAGUUUUGAGGUUACGUCCUUCAUUUGUUUGAGAACUUUAAAACUCCACCAUUAGGCCAGAAUUUGUAUUCAAAUCUUUGCUAGAAUGUAUUGACUCCCCUAAUUGAAGAGGUUCUUUUGUGCCUUUUUGUCAACCAACUGGCAACUGCCCAAAGAUCCGGGGAAAAAAAACCCAACCACUUCUCACAUCCGCAGGGUGUCUGCAUCAGGUAGAUCGGAUUUCAAAGCAGCGUUUCUGAUGCAUCUUAAAUUUGCUGCCACAGUAACGCAACCACAAAACGCCUGACUUGUGCUAGUAUUUCGGUUGAGAAAAAGCUGAAUUUGUCAGUGGGGCUGAAAAAGCGUCGUGCACAGUGAGUUAUGUUGCUGAGGACGUUGGAGGCUGUUAGGAAGGUGCUGCAUGUGAUGCCCUUUUGACUCUAGAGAUUAUUCACAAUUUCUGGUUAUAAUAUUUUAAAAUGCAUGAGUUGGAUUAUACUUGAUUUGAACAUGUUUUAACUGCUAUUUCACUGAACAGGUAGACUUGGGAAGACUAAAAUUGAAAAGCGAUUAAGGAUCAUGCUGGGCCAGAUUUGUUUCGAUUCAGUCAUUCGACGUUGCCCAGUGUUUAUCAUUACAUAGCACUUAUAAGGAAACUGUUACGAUACAGUAUAAAAGAAAACAAUUCACACAGAAGCUGAUUCCUAGAAUUGGAGAUGAUGAAAAAUAAAAGCUAUUCUUGCUUUUCUGAAGUUACUGAGGCUUAUGUGCAUUAUGAUUAAUUGUGGUGUGGCCACUUAUUGCAAGGUCAAGCCUUAUGUAACUAAGGAUGGUAUACGUAUUCCACAGCACUUACUGGGUGAUGUUUCGCCUCUUUCCUUUAUAUGCCACUCUUUGGUAGGUAAUCCAUAUUGGAUAUAGUGUAAUGAGAGAGGUCCUUACAAGUGAAAUGCAAUUCAAUUUACUUCCUGUAUAUUACAGACUACAGAAACGAUAAAGCUCCCACUGCCUCCAUUGCUACUUUACUAUGAGAACUCCGUCCAAACAGAAAUCAUUCCUACUGCUGGGUCACGAGAAGUGCUGCUGCCGGUGUUGGUAUCUCUGAAACAGUAGCUAUUUACUUUGCUUUUGACACACUCUUCUGCAAGAGAACUCCUGACGCCCAUCUCUAGAAACAGUGGUGUCAUGACAACUGUAUGCAGUAAACAACUUCCUCCUGUUGUACGUUUUCGAGAUAUUUAAAUAUGAAACUCACUUGAAAUCAAGCUGUUCUUACCGAGGAUCCAUUCCUAACUUGGAGUGAAGUCAAUAGAGAUUGUUCAUGUCAGGAUAUUCUCUUGGCUAAGAGGACAUGACUGUUCGUCCCCUGUUCCAUAGCUGCAAAGAACAGUAUGGGGAACUUUGCUGCUGUACAACCUGCUGUGAUUUUUAAGCAGGGGCAUUGCUGUGCUCUUACGCUCAUUUUGUAUUUUCACUUGGUUUCUAUGUUCAUACAACCUAUGUUCUCUUUCUGAUACUUAGUUUUAUAUGCAUAUACAGUAUAUAAAAAAAAAAUAUUACAUAUUUUUCUAUAUUUAUGUCUUUUACUAUCCUGGGAGUGGUGUGAUUAUGUAAUCUUUCUUUGAAGUCUAAUUAUGUUGAUGCUGACCUUUUUAUGAAAAAGUUGUAUUUACAUUUACAAUGAGAAAAACUGUUGUCAUAACCGAAGUCUUCUUUGUGAGUAUUUAUAUCCCAUGAAUAGUCUUUCUCAGCAUAUUUACUAUUUGUCUAAUCCACAAAUUGGACAGUGACUAGGGUUACAUACAGGCUGCAGCUAAUCAUCUCUAAACAGUCAAGAAUGAACUGUUUCUAAACAGGGUAAUUACAUUCUGACUGCUAGUUCACACUGUUAGUAAAGAGCACAUGUGCAUUUGUCACACUUUACAUCAUAUCUUGCAAAUCUUCUAUAAAAUUGGAGUGAAACAACAGACAAUCCAGAUGAAAAUGUAAUGAAGUGGAAAGUUGCAAGUCGAAGCUAUCUAGGCAAAGGAAUUCACAUAUUUUACAUCAUUUCUGGAUCAUUCAGCUGGAAAUGUAUGCCUAACAACUGCUUUACCACAGAUAUUAAUGAUCUCAAAUAGUGAAAACAAUUUUUCAUAAUUCAACAGAAGAGCACAUUGGUCUGAAGUGAUCAGAUUUAAAACUGCCCAGUCUUAACCAGCUGUUCCGUUCUCAUUUGGGCCUUUUGGACGUUAGUUGAAGAAUUAAAGAGAACAUUUCAUUUAGAAAAAGAUGAUAUUUGCUCUUAAAAUUGAGACUUAACCUGAAUGUAAACCUAGUCAGUCAUUGUGGUGUCUACGGUAGACUUGGUAUACUUUUCUACAGAUGAUAAUUGAUUUAGUCGGCAGUUUCAAAUGAUGAUGAUGGUAAUGCUUUUGUAUCCGCUUACCUGAAAGUAAUUUCAAAGCUGCUAAAGACUGCCCACCCAGACCUGUCAAGUUUAAGGUCACCGAGUCAGAGGAAUUUGUAGAAAAGCAUUACAUCUUAAUGUACAUCGCUUUUCAGCACAUUGCCUUACCAGACAAAACUGCUAAAAGCAUUUUCUGAGAACAUUACAAUGACCCAUUGUGGGAAAAUUUCAAAACCAAAUGCUUUUAAAUGAGGCAUUGUUUAAUUUUAGCACUUAAUACUGUAUUUGGAUCUGAGGUGAAUGCUUUUUAGCAGCACACCUUAAAAAUAUUACUUAAGUAUAUAUUUCUGUACUGCGCGCGCUCGCCAUAAUAAUAGACAAACCUCUCUGCAGGUGAAUUAAGUACUCUGUUGUUAAACCUUCAUCCAGUGUGACCCAGAAGAGGUCCAUUCAUGCUCACAAACAUGUUGCUCUUAAGUUGUCUUACCACAAGAAAACAGUUGCCACACAGAGUAAUCUACAUUUUCUACAAGGCACGUUUUUGUCUACAAUGCAAGUGGGAACGCAAAAAAAGAACAUCAUUCAAAUCAGUUUAGUGAGCAUUAAGCAGAAAGGCAUAGUUUAUUGGUGAAAAGAGGCGUAAACAUUACCUACCAUGGAUGUUUACUAAAACUCUGAACCACCUUCUUUCCUCCCACAGUUGAAGUGAGUGAAGCUUGUUGUACCCAGGAGCUGCAAUAGAACUGUUUAAGAUAUCAGUGGUUAUUUUACAUUUUUUUUAUAUGAACCAUAAUGCAAUUGUACAUAAAUAAGGUUGCUCUUAUACAGUGACUGGGUAUUCAAGGUUAUGCAUUGAAAAUUUCCUCCUGAAAAUAUGUCUUCUAGCAAAUAAGCUUUCACCCCUCAAGCUUUGCCAGCCCUACAAGCUACGGUAUUUAACUUUAGCCAUGUAGAAAGUCAGUUUUAGAAUUGUAGAUUGAAGAGAUUGUUUGUGCCUAUAAAUUCAGAAAAAGCUCCGUGAUAGUAGGAAUGGAGCAUGUGUAUAAAUUACAUGGUUUAUGGGUGAAAUAAUGGAUGAAAUGCAUUGAAUGGUAGUUCAACAGCAGCAGUUUCUAUGUUAUGUUUGUAUUUACGAGAUAAAUGGAUUUCUUUGUUCUAGUCUUGUGGCAACAUAUUGAGGCUUAAUGAGCAACUGUAAACAAGGACAGUAAUAAGGCAGCAUAAACUGAGUAUGAACCCUUCACAGCUUGUCAUUAUUCUGCUCAUAUAUAUUUUAUAUUUAUUUCAUUGAUUUGUGUAAUUUUAUUAAAAAAAAAAACAAAAACACCUAAA